AUGGAAGACCACGAGCGCCCACCCAGCUACGCCCGGAGCGUCGAAUGGCCCACCGUAAGUAACCGACCUUCCCCACCGAGUCCGAUACCUACUAAACGCCUUGCAGCCCAUCAUUCUCAAAAUCUACCGCCUCAAAUCGAUCUCCCCUCCCUCGAGCUCCAUCUGCAAGAUCGGCCGGCAUGCCGAGACGCUCAAAGAAGCCAUCCUGCUUUCUCCCUCUGUGACAUGGGAAGAUUUCGGUUCCGACCAGGUCGGCCACGCCGCUGAUCUCUUCCAGUGGCAUGAGAAAUUCGACGUCGAUACUACGCUGGCGUGGUCUGUCAUUGUGCGGGGAGAGCGCAAGAGGGAUAAGAUCGUCCAUGAGGAUAAUUGGGAGCAAGUGAAGAAGUUGAUGAUUGCUUCGCGGGAGGAGCUCGUCAUGACGAAGAAGCCGGAACUCAUUCUGGUCGUGGGGCCGGUGUUGAAGGAGGAAAGCCUGGUGAAGAAGGCUUGGCUGAAAGGUUUGGACGUGAAGAGGAAGGUCUUUGGGUACCCGUGGGCUUGA